AUGGCCACUGCACAGUUAAAGAGAACUUCCAUGAGUGCGUUGGUAUUUCCUAGGAAAAUAUCAACCGAACAGCAGUCUUUGGUGUUAGUAAAGAGACUCCUAGCCAUUUCAGUAUCCUGUAUCACAUAUUUGAGAGGAAUAUUUCCAGAAUGUGCUUAUGGAACAAGAUAUCUAGAUGAUCUUUGUGUCAAAAUCCUCAGAGAAGAUGAAAAUUGCCCAGGAGCUUCACAGAUCGUGAAAUGGAUGCUAGGAUGCUAUGAUGCUUUACAGAAAAAAUAUCUAAGGAUGAUUGUUCUAGCUAUAUACAACAAUCCAGAAGACCCUCAGACAAUUACAGAAUGUUACCACUUUAAAUUCAAGUAUACCACUAAUGGACCAGUAAUGGACUUCCUAAGUAAGAAUUCAAACAGAUCUGGUUUGUCAUAUGCUUACACCAAGAAAGCAAGUAUUCUCCUUAUCCGCAAGAUUUAUGUCCUAAUGCAAAAUCUGGGACCUCUGCCUAAUGAUGUCUGUUUGACCAUGAAACUUUUUUACUAUGAUGAAGUUACACCACCAACUUACCAUCCUCCUGGUUUUAAGAAUGGUGACUGUGAUGGAGUGUUAUUUGACGGAGAUCCUAUGUGUUUAAAUGUGGGUGAAGUCCCAACACCUUUUCACACCUUGAAAGUAAAAGUGACCACUGAGAGCGAACGAAUGGAAUCGGCUGUAGUGAAACCAAAACUAUCAUUAAAAACUCCUCUUUAUAAAAUCCUAAUGGACAAAGAUGAUAUAGAAGAUGAACGGGAACAUUAUGUAAAUGAUGGUUUUGACACUGAAACUAAAAUGGAAGAGCAAAGAAAACAACCUGGAUCAUUUGAUUUGGGAGAGCCUAACUUGGUUUGUGUAGAAGAUGAAAUGAAAUCUAAGGAAAGUGCAGAUAUUUCAACUUCUCAUUAUAAGGUUGACCAGUUAAUCAGUAAAACUUCUGAACUUGCUAUGUCUGAAGGCAAAACAAGAAGUGGUAAAAUCUUUCAGAAUAAGAUGGUUAAUGGAAAUCAACCAGUAAAAUCUUCUAAAGAAAGUCAGAAGAGAAAACGGCCCGAAUCAGGAAAAACAGCCCUCCACCAUUUUGAUUCUCCCAGUCAAGUAUCAAUGCCAAAAAGGAGAAGGUUUAGUGAACCAAAGGAGCAUAUAUAAAAACUCUUUUCUACAUGUUUGCAAAGUUUUUCUCAACA